AUGAGAUGUAAGAUCUGGUACGCCUACAGAAUAAACUUUAGCAACCCCAACAAUAUCGGAUCGCUGCUGGGAUUCUCGCCGCUACGUGUACUGCAACCACGACUGUGGCACGAAUCGGACGAGUCGAUCAACAUAAUGAACGUGAACAUUAUCCGUGUGGAGUGCAACGUGACCGCGGGUGCGUACAGCAACGACAAGAGCGCGCACACGAUCCACGAAUUUUCACCAAGCGUGCCAGCAGGAUAUAAAUUGUCAGAAAGGCCGUCGCAAAUCAUUUACCUGCCGGUCAUUGUACGGAACCCAACACAAUUUGGGUACAGCGACGAGAUAAGAAUACCCAUACAGCAACAGGAUCUGUACACAUUGCCGUGCGACAGUUAUCUAUAUAUCGAGGGAAAACUAACGAAGAACAGAAGGAUUGAAGGAGCUGACGUGGUUUUGACAAAUAAUUGCGUCGCGUUCAUGUUUGACAAAAUUCAAUACGAACUCGAUGGCGUGGAGAUCGAUCGCUGCAGAAAUGUGGACAUAACUAGCACGCUCAAACAUUACGUCACAACGUCGUCCGACAGAAGCGUGAUUCUGAGGAACGCCGGCUGGGACCCGCUCACCAGUAACGAGGGAUUCUUCAAUUUUUGCGUACCUCUCUAUGCGCUGUUGGGAUUCUGCGAAGAUUACAAACGCGUGGUGCUCAACGCUCGUCACGAGUUGAUCCUGAUACGAUCGCGCAACGACAACAAUUGCCUGACGGGAAAUGAAGCGAUAGAGCCGUCGAUCGAAUUGUCGAAGAUACAAUGGCGAAUGCCACACGUGUUACUGAACGAAGUAAACAAGCUGUCGAUGCUGCGCGCUCUGGAGCACUACCUGAGCAUGGCUUUUCGCUCGUGGGACCUGUACGAGUUUCCGCUGUUGCAGCAGACGACCAAGCAUUCGUGGGCCAUAAAGACCGCUACUCAGCUCGAGAAGCCGCGAUACGUCAUCUUCGCUCUGCAAACGGAUCGAAAGAACGUCAUGAGCGAGGACGUGAGCCGAUUCGAUCACUGCAAUUUGACAAACGUGAAACUCUAUCUGAACGCGGAAUGCUAUCCGUACGACGAUAUGAAUCUGGAUUUCGUUAGAAAAAAGUGGGCCGUUCUCUACGACACGUACGCGCGUUUUUGCAAGGGGUAUUACGGAUACGAGUAUCUCGAACCGAGUCUCACCACCACGACAUUUUUACGCAACGGCCCGUUCGUGAUCAUCGAUUGUUCUCGUCAGAACGAAUCGGUCAAGAGCGCGACCGUGGACGUGAGACUGGAAUUCGAGACCAAGGAGAACUUGCCGUUGAGCACCACCGCGUAUUGCCUCAUCAUACACGAUCGCGUGAUUCAGUACAACCCGUUGACCAACGUUGUUCGCAAGAUCACCUGA